ACGGCUGCUUCCAUCUCACGGGCCUGCCCUGUCCCGGGCCUGAGCGUGUCAUGUGACCAACCAACAAAUGGAACCUCGUUUUUCCCAAGAUGACAAGAUGGAUGGGGAAGGGGCGAUAGAGGGAGGGAGAGAGCGACCAGGGCUGUAUACUAGAGCUGGAAACUUAUCACAGAAGAGCUCCUGCAUUCCACAAAUGCUAGCAUAGCCUAGCAUCUUUAUGGUAUUUUCCUUUAAAAACCUCCUGGGUGUGCAGAUUCAGAAACUGGAUGUGUGGAUGAUUGCAGCAAUCCACCAGUGACCUUUGGGAUUAUUUCUAACAGAGAAGCCUAGCCAUCAGGGGACUGGGAGUGCCUGACUAAUGACUGUGGUGGUUGGUGAUUGCAGUGUCGGCAGAGGGUGACGGCUAAAGGGAAGGUAACUCAUUAACACCACAGAGCAACUGUCGUGACGCCACCUCGGCCUGCCUGGAUGACUGUAUGUCAUGUGAGCCUGCAGCAGAAAGACAGACCUCGAGACAGACAGGCUAGGAGGUUAGCCCGGCUGGAGCUGUGUGUGUCCGACCACAACACAGUGUCACAUACUGACACACACGCACUGUCAUAUACACACACACGACACAGGAGUACCGUGCGUCUACCAGACCAGGAGAGGACAAUCGGAGCACUGACUGAACUGUGCCCCAGCUGCAUGUGUCCGAGCACAUGCAGGCAAUCUCAGCUGCUGCAGUGACCUGAGUCAUUGUGGUUGGACCCAGCCACCUAACCCAGCCUGGAGCCACCUAACCCAGCCUGGAGCCACCUAACCCAGCCUGGAGCCACCUAACCCAGCCUGGAGCCACCUAACCCAGCCUGGAGCCAACUAACCCAGCCUGGAGCCACCUAACCCAGCCUGGAGCCACCUAACCCAGCCUGGAGCCACCUAACCCAGCCUGGAGCCACCUAACCCAGCCUGGAGCCACCUAACCCAGCCUGGAGCCACCUAACCCAGCCUGGAGCCACCUAACCCAGCCUGGAGCCACCUAACCCAGCCUGGCAACAGCCAUGGACGCUCUGGAGCAGGAAUACAAGUCGCCGUUUGACUUUGAGCAGGGGGUGAAUAGCAGCUACCUCUAUCUGUCCCCCAGCGUCAUUGUAACACCACCAGGCUCACCGCACGUGACUGUCACAGCCAGAGGUGCUGUGAGACCAGACUCUAUCACAGAGGUAGGGGAGGAUGCAGUGAUGUCGGUGGCAGUGUCCCCUUCCGUCCCCACCCUGACAGAGGAGGAACAGGAGGAGCUGCGAGAUGAACUGCUCAGGGUGGAGGAUGAGGUCGUGACUCUGUCUCAGGUGCUGGCAGCUAAGGAGAAGCAGGUGGCAGACAUCAAGAGGAAGCUGGGCAUCACUCCUCUCAACGAGCUCAAACAGAACAUCAGCAAGAGCUGGCAGGAGGUCACCACCUCUACUGCCUACAAGAAGACGUCAGAGGGCCUGUCCGUAGCUGGUCAGAAGGCCACGGCAGCCUUCACCAGCAUGGGCUCGGCCAUCAGCAGGAAGUUUGAGGACGUCAGAUUGCAAUCUAUUUCCAAUUCCUUUGGCAUACGCUCCCUACAGCAUUCUGCUAGUAUGCCCGUGAUGAGAAACACACCCACCUUUAAGUCGUUUGAGGAGAAAGUCGAGACUUUAAAGGUCAAGAUGAGCCCGACGGCAUCUCAGGGUGACUUUGGCGAUGUGUUGACCUCUACAGCGACCUCUGACCCUUCUGUUCCCGUAGAGAAAUGGCCAGAGGCCACACCCAUCGCCACCCAGGAAGAACAGCCCCACUGAGACCAGCCUGACCUUUCACCCCUAACCCCUAGCCAGGCUGACAUUCACUAGAACCAUACCCUCUUUCUGUUCUCUCACCUCCUCCCUUCUUCAGCUCCCUCUUUACAACCCUAUAGCACAAAACAACAGAAACAACAACCAAAAAAGACAUACGUUUCCCCAGGAACUUUUCGAUAAAAAAAAAAUGUAAUUAUGAAAAUAUUGUUGUGACACCGUAACACUUGUAGGACUGUAUGUUUCUAUUUUAAUGUCCAUGGUUGAGGAACCUGCACAAGUAGAAGAAUAUACAUUACACUUAAUGAAAAACUGUAUGUCACAGCAAGUGAAGUUGUGAUGGCAAAACGAAUUGGUUCACACAGGCCCAUAUCUUUCCAUAACUUUGAGUACUAACAGGCAUUUUCUUUUCUUUUGAUGUACUCCAACCACUGUAAUCACUAGGAUGUCAUUUCUAUUCCAACACUGCAGAGGCUUUCUCUGUCAUGUAUUACUAUCACCAAUAGCACCAGUAAUGUGGUGUAGAGCACAGCUGAGUAGAGUUAAUACCAGAUCUGUGUAGCUCACACACUCCUCUCACAGCUUAACCAUAUGGGGGUGGUCUAAAUCUGACCUCUGAGCAGUUCAUAGUGCUUAACUCUGAUAUCAGAGAAGGUGGGCCAAUGCAUCCAGAUCAGUGUGUAAUGAUAGUCGCAGAUGCAUGAUUGGUUAUAAUGGUGUCAGCUGGCCUUGACCCUCAGGUCAGUGCAAUUUACAUCACUCAAAGCCUCACAGCAUGGUGGGCCAAAGUCCGUAUUAGGGCACUUGUCUCACUGGCUUCUCUCUGCUUGGUAUGCUGAAACACAGCAGGAUAGUCACUGGAUGCUGUGUACUUCUCUCUGCUUGGUAUGCUGAAACACAGCAGGAUAGUCACUGGAUGCUGUGUACUUCUCUCUGCUUGGUAUGCUGAGAAACACAGCAGGAUAGUCACUGGAUGCUGUGUACUUCUCUACUGUUGAAUGGUAGUUGUUUUUGUUUCAAAGUGAUUUUCAUUGUUUACCUUUUCAUAAAGAUGUGCAAUUUCCCUUAAAUUGGAAAUCUACUGUUCUCGACCUAGACUAAUAACUAGAUGUCCUCCCGUGUUGGUAUUUUCAUUUCUCUACAGUGUAUGUGGUAUGGUCAUCCAUUUUUUACAGUUGACUUUCUAUGAGGGAAUGUUUUUCUCCUCUGAACUUGAGGUAUAAAAGAGUGCGAUGCGGGAUCCUGUUAAAUGUUUACUCUUGACCACACUAGGAUGAUACAUACAGUGCCUAUAGAAAGUCUACACAUCCUUAAGUUUUUCAACAGAAGUCUUUCUAAGAGGUUAAGUGUUCCUGAGUGGUCUAGUCUGUCCAGAAUUAAAUCUGCUUCAAAAAAACAGAGGCAAGGUUUAAAUAUCGCUGUCCACCAGUGAUCCCCAACCAAAUUUACUGAGCCCAAUGUUGACAAAAACGAUGGAUAAAUGUUGCCCUAAGAGUUGUGCCAACUUGGUAGAACUUUAAUGGAAAUGAGUCACAGAUGUAAUUGCUGCCAAAGAUGCAGCCACCAAGUAUUAACUCAGGAUAGAGAGACUUAUCCAAUUAUGAUAUCUGUUACUUGUAAUAUUUUUUGGUCAAAUAACUUUCUUUCACGUUGAAAAUGUGGAGUAGAUCUGUAGGAAAAACCUUUCAUGGGGAGUGUAGACCUUCUAUGGGCCCUGUACGUACAUUUUAGGGCACUAGUGAAUAUUUGGUUUAAAUGCCUAAUGCAAGUCCUCCCCUACUGGAAGAUGACUGGCCAUAUCAUGGAAUGGAUUCAUUGUGGAAAUAAAGUUCUGUAAGAAAAGUCCUGGUUCCGCCAUUAAGACAUUAUGGCUAAUAAAAUGUCUUCCAGAGAGAAGUUACUGUAGACCCGUUGCCCCCAUUUAGCCCGACUGCUAAAGGAGUAGGCUGUUGACUUUUCUGUUUAGUCAGGACCUAUUUCACAGAAAGAGGGUCCUCCCGCCUCUUCAUUGUGGGCAGAAAUAGUUUGUCAGGUACUCUGUGAUCAAAAGUCUUCUGGUAAACUGCCAGAGAGUAGGCCUUCAACAGCCACCCUGGCACUGGUCUGGUUUGUAAUUGGAAUGCUGACGUAUCUCUAAAAAAAACUGUCAAACUGGGUUAUUUAACAAGAAUGCACUUGAACAGUGCCCUGUCUUGUCUCCUUUAGCAUUCCUCACAACCUUUCAAAUACAUUUAUUUUUAUGUUUUCAACAUUUUAAGAGGCAUGAGAAGAGAAUACAUUUUCCAUCCAUUUAUGACAUUUGUCUGUACCAAAGCAUCAUGGGGGUUCCUUAUAUCCACUCUGGUAUCACACUGUAAGAGGCAGAGGUAAAAAAAAAUAAUAGUUAUGUCACUGUUAUGCAGGGCAGGUUUCAGGAGGUGGACAGGUGUGCCAAUAGCUACGUAGAUAUAUAAAUAGUAGAUAUCCCCUUGGUACAUUUAGAAAUAUACUUUUUUUUUGUAUUGUAUGUAGACAUGUAAAUCUGCUUAUUGUAAUGAGGAGUAACAUGUCUAGAGCAGCGUGUCACCUGCCGGUAUAGUUCAGUGGUUACAGAUGAUAUAGUCAAGCUUUUUGUUGUUACACUAAUCAUUGCUAUAGUGACAUUCUUUGGAGCAGCUUUUUGUUGUUACACUAAUCAUUGCUAUAGUGACAUUCUUUGGAGCAGCUUUUUGUUGUUACACUAAUCAUUGCUAUAGUGACAUUCUUUGGAGCAGCUUUUUGUUGUUACACUAAUCAUUGCUAUAGUGACAUUCUUUGGAGCAGCUUUUUGUUGUUACACUAAUCAUUGCUAUAGUGACAUUCUUUGGAGCAGCUUUUUGUUGUUACACUAAUCAUUGCUAUAGUGACAUUCUUUGGAGCAGCUUUUUGUUGUUACACUAAUCAUUGCUAUAGUGACAUUCUUUGGAGCAGCUUUUUGUUGUUACACUAAUCAUUGCUAUAGUGACAUUCUUUGGAGCAGCUUUUUGUUGUUACACUAAUCAUUGCUAUAGUGACAUUCUUUGGAGCAGCUUUUUGUUGUUCAUGUUGGAGCUUCACUCUGUCUGGGGGUUUACGGAGCCUGCUUGGGAUUCUAUAACCUUCUAGAGACAACUUGAUUACUGGUAGUUCUGUUCUGGAACUUCAGAGUCAACACUCGGCACUCCUGCAUCACUUUGUUAUGUGGUAAACUUUAAAGGCUGCCUGGAGGAAUGUGGGACAUUCCCAUUAAUAAAGCAGCCUGCCCCUAAUUUGAGUCUAAUGGUUGAUUGGAUUUGUCAUAACAUUCCAGUCUGGUCUGAGUUUCGGACGGCAUUAAUAGCAGAACAGGACCCUUAGUUUUAAGAGUUCCUGCCCGCGAUGGUUUAGGUGUUGGAAGUCUGAAUCUUUGUUACUUUAUCUUUCCAGGGGGUUGAUGCUUGAUGGGUCACUGGUAUUUGAGAUGUUUGUGGAAUGUGCCAGCGUGGUGUUUGGUCAUGCUGUGUACGUGGUCAUGCUAAGAGUGGUCAGAGGGGAGAGAAUGGGUAAUGCCUUGCCACGUUAUUGUGUCAUGACAGACACCUACAACCUUCAAACAUUUUGAACUGUCAUUUUUAAAUGAUAAUUGUGAUAUGAAAAUAGUGGAUAUAAUCUUAUGUUGUGGGUCAAAAACGUUUUAGAAUCUCUUUAUAUACGUUUUCACUAGUAUAUUAGCUGUAAGGGUAAUGCGCAAGUCAUUUAUAAUGCAUUGUCUAUGUUUAGUGUUUUUCCUCAACAGGGCCAAUAUUACUGAUUGGGUGAGGGUCACUUAAGAUCAUGAAUGUGGGUCUCUUCCUGGCGUUUUACAGAGCAUCAUUUGAAUGAUUGUGUACUUCACUUGUUUUGACCUGCUACAAUAAAAACCAGCCAUGCUUCACAUCGAGGGUUAAUGGUGAUGAUGCAGGCUCCCGAUGCA